AACACUCAGGUCAUUAGAAAUGAGCUCUUUAUUGUUAAAUCGGAUUGAUUUGUAACGUUUUUUAAUCUCGAAAAACAAGUUUUUUUGUACGUGUAUUGGUUUAGUUUGCUUAAGUACAUCGUAGAUAACAGUCUUAAGUGCGUCUGUUAUGGAUCUGAAAACGGUGAAAGAAGUUUUAGAGGUGAGUAAUGACUUACAAGAUGUUCAGAGUGUAAAAAUGCAACCUCUUGUCAUUUCUUAAUUCUCCUUUUUUGUGUUUGUUCAUCUGUAGUCAUGCUGCAAAUCAGAAUCAUCAACUAACAUUCAGAAGUUGAAAAAUGACAAAAACCUGAUAAAUGGAAUAAUUCAGAAUUUACCUGAGCACUAUGCACACCAGGUAAGGGGGGGACUCUCCACUUUUACUCUUUAAUGUUAUGUCUAAAUAAUAGUUAUAUAUAGUUUUCUUUAUUUCACGUUUAUAUCAUUAUUAUUUUAUAUAUUGACAUAUCUGUAUUUUAUUCAUUUACUUAUUUUUAUUCAUUUAUUUAUUUGUUUGUUUUUAUUUUUACGGUUGGUGUGAUAACCUAACGGUUUUUACCGACCUAAUACAUGUAAAUGUAAAUGUAAAUGUGUAACAGUAGUGUUUAUCGAUUAACAGCUUUUAAUUAUUACAAUUAUUACACUGUUUUGAAACGUUCAUUUAUUUUGUUUCUCCCUCUGCUUUCUUCACUCCCUCUUUGGAAGGUGUGAUUCUGACAGGCUCUUUUCCAAAGGGUCUCCAUGUAAACUAGGCAUGAUACCAACAGCGCCCUCUGGAUUCCUAUACCCUAAAAUAAUAAUACGAAGGAAUGACGCUGAGAUUCUGACACCUUCUACAGGAUGAAAUUCCAAUGACCCCUUUGGGAAAAAUGUAGUUUUGGAGGAGUAUUCUACAUGUACAUGUACUCCCCAUUAUACAGUGUAGGACAUAAUUUAUUCAGGUUAAAUUUUUUAGCCUAGGUUGAUUCUCAGUAACAGUUUCUUUUCUCUUCAAGCUAUAAUAAUAUUAUUCCCAAUUACGAAUAAUAAUUAUUCGGGAAUAAUCGGGAAUAGUAUUAUUAUAGCUUGAAGAGAAAAGAAACUGAGAAUUUCCGCAGUAGGUUAAAAGUAUCACUUGAAUUUAAUUUUGAACUACAGUUCUUGUUUAAUAAUUUUCUCUGACCUCAAGGGAAGCCAGUUACUGAACUAAGCUCUUUGUGUGUGACUUCAUUUACAGUUAAGUGAUCCAGUCUUCAAGAGUCUCUUUGAGUUGUUUCGACAAAGUGGAAAAGGAGAACAGCUGUUUGUUCUUCAGUUUGUUCCUGUGUUAAUAUGGACCUAUUUGUCAGCUUCAACAAGGAGAGAUGACAAGGUGUGGCUUCUAUACACCUAUUCAGGGUUGUCACUAGUUGCUGGGUAAAUACAACAAGUAGGCGGGGAAUCAAACGGCUAGGGAUUUCUUUUGGUUCUAUUUUCUUCCAUUUUUUAAUAACAGUAGCCGAGGGCCACUCUCUUAGUAGCCGGUGAAAAUCCCCAGCCCCGGCUCUUAAUUACAACCCUGCCUAUUACUGCCAGAAUGAUUCCAUCUAGCUCUCUUCAUUCACUGUAUACAUGUUAAACGCCAUGUAGCACCAAAACAGAAUUAAUGAAAAGAAUGGAUAUAAAGCAACACAUGUCAAAAGUUCUUUUUGUAAAAUUAGCCAAUCAGAUCAGUCCAUCGAACAGCAUAAAUUAUCGUAAUUCCAACAAUAUCAGGGUCAGGGGUUUUUUGUGUAUUAAAUUAUUGCCCCCAAUUAAACCUGAUAAGAGGAUAUUUAAAACAUUGUUUUAACCCUGGCAUCAGCAUCAAAAUAGUAUUAGACUGUCUAAUUUGGGCAUAAAACCUCAAAAGAUGAAAUGUAGAACUACAACAAUCAACAGAACAUAACUGAUUCCAGGGGCAUUUUUGGGGUUUCUAAUGGUAUGCAUGCUCUGGUAGUAUUAGUUAUUGUGGUAUUGUUGUUUAAUCAGUAGAUUUUUUGUAGUUUUUGUGACUUGUGCUUGUUAAUAUAAUUUUAAGGCCUAUGGCAAUCUCGAGGCACUGUUAUUGGCUAUCUACAAUGAAGUGAGUAUUACAUACAAUUUGAGAAUACUUCAUUAAAUUAGUAAUUAAUUAUUGUUUAGCCGGUUCAUACCGUAUGUCCCAACACCAACAUUACAUGACUAAUCACUUUCAUGCUCUUUGCUUAGUGUAUCAAGUGUUUGGCAAAAAGGAAGCAUAAGUAUAUUUGGAUGUGGCUGAUGAUUAUAUACAACAUACAGUGAUGUCUAAAUUGGGAACCUGUAAAAUGUUUUAAUCACCAGCAUUAACCCAUUUAAAAUGACUGUAUUCCAUCAGUGCCUGACUGUGUAAAGUUUUUCAUUUUACCUAGCAUUUGUAAAAUAAUAUGUGAAAAAUAAUAGUAACUUAAUUAAAGUCCAUUUUGUUUAAUCUCAUUUGCUUAUACAAAUUAAUGUUGCUAAA